AUGUCUGGUCGCGGCAAGGGCGGGAAGGGUCUGGGAAAGGGCGGAGCAAAGCGCCACCGCAAGGUGCUGCGCGACAACAUCCAGGGCAUCACCAAGCCCGCCAUCCGGCGGCUGGCUCGGCGCGGCGGCGUCAAGCGCAUCUCCGGCCUCAUCUACGAGGAGACCCGCGGGGUGCUCAAGGUGUUCCUGGAGAACGUGAUCCGCGACGCCGUCACCUACACGGAGCACGCCAAGCGCAAGACCGUCACGGCCAUGGACGUGGUCUACGCGCUCAAGCGCCAGGGUCGCACCCUCUAUGGCUUCGGAGGCUGAGCAUUUUUGUCUCUGCUUAGGAACUUUUCGUUUCUCACCCAAAGGCCCUUUUCAGGGCCACCCAUCUAGUCGCCAGAAAGAGUUGU